GUUGUGAGUGUUACACAUUCGAAAUUUUCCUUUACCUCUUGUUUCGAUUUCCAGGUUUCUUAGUUUAACUGCCGUUCUAUUGCUAAAUUUUAUUAUUACUUUUCACCACAAAUGCAAUUGGAUUGCACGUUUUCUUUUUGUAAUUGGCUUAUAUUCCAUUUGGUUGUCUUCUCUCCCAGAUCGUCUUACUUAUAAUGCUCUCCACACUUCCUCAUCGCAAAACUUAACUUUUGGUUGGACACAUAUCUACCUUUCGCUGAAAUUUAAUGAGAAUAAGGCACUAGAUUUCUAUCUCAUUCGAGUGAUGCAGUGCAUACGCAUGUUCUGUUUAUGCGUCCACAUGUGUCUCCGAGAAAAAUCGACCAUCCUGACUUGCUAGGAUCAUGAAAUCCGUUUUUAAUGAUUAUUUAAAAGUUUUAUCAUGAAUUCUUAUACUUGGGGCUAAAUAUUUUUGUAAGGCUGGGUACAUGUAACUGUAGUAUAUAUAGCUGUUAACCUUCCAUCGAAUGUGACACUUUUAGGUUGCCUUGAAAACCUGUCAGUGAUGCAGUAGAGGAACCAUGGAUCAAAUGGAGUGAAAUCAAAUAUACACUGUUUCUAACUGGCGUUGAUUACUUAAAAAACUCGUAGUAGCCUUUAUUAUAAAUUGUCUGUGUGAUUUAUUCUUACUUUUGGGCAAAUGAAUUAUCCUAAUCUUUUUAAUCAACUCGUUACUUACAUAUCAAAGAUUACGAGCAUGUAACUUUGGUCGUUUUUAUACAUGCGUGUAUAAUAAUAAAUGUUUGUCUAUUCAAUUCUUGUAUUUCUAAAAUAAUUUAUGAAAAGUGAGUUACAUUAUUAUUCACUAAGUUGGGUCCAAUCGAUUGUAGUAAUCGUGUUGAUAAGUACCAUUAAGUUAGCCAGAUGGUCUGUUAAGAACCAUUUGACUGAGUACAAAACAAAGAUAAGUAUUGACUCGAUGUUAUGCUUUUUGGUGCAUUUAGAUUAACUUCAUGUGAAUGCUCGAAAAGUUCGACACUAAAACGUUUUAGUAUAAAUUAUUCAUUCAAGUUUUUAUUUUCAUCCAGCACAAAUGCCAAUGAAAAAAAAGGCAAAACCACUUGGAACAGUUGGCGGGGCUAAAAACUUUUGAUUGAAAUUAGUAGAUUUAAUGUUCUUUCAAAGGAUUUAUAAACGUGGAGAUAUAAUUUUGGUUUUUUAAUUACUGAAAUUUAUUCUAUGAUGUGCAUGUUCACACAAACGAAAAAUUUAGUAUGGAAAAUUAACCCAUAUUUUUUGUUGAUAUUCAUUCCGGACAAUGUCAAAUAUUUAACUUGAAGAGCAAAUUAGGAUCUUUACAAUCAUUACAACCGUUUAUGAUGGCUGUCUUAAAAUAAUCAUAACACAUCUUUCAUCUGAUCCUAUUUCCCAUAUCGAAGAAAUUAGGCUUGUUACUUGGUCGAGAGGUUUUGUGCUUGUUUUACAGUAAUCACUUGUAUAUGUAUUUUUGGCCUUUAAUAUCACAACGUAGAGUAACGAAUUUUACUUUAGGUGUAUUUACUAAGGAUUAACUUGAAUUGGUUUUCAAGAACAUUUUAUUCAAUUUACACAAAACAGUGUUAAAUUGCUUCGGAUUUAUAAUCUAGUGGGAACUUUGUAACAGGUUCAAUUUUUCCUAAUUUUGGUAUUAGGUGUUAAAUUACACCAUGAGAGAAGGAGAAACAACUAGCACCAGUGUUCCAAGUUUGUGCUUAGAUAACUGUCCAAGCUCUGAGGAUGAACCAUUGUAUACUGUUGCCAAAGGAGGGGAAUAUUCCGCCCGCUCAGAUUCAACAAUCAGCUGGGGAACAGAAUCGUCGGAAAACUCAAGUCGUAAUUUGUCUAUACGUCCAGCUGUGUAUCCACCUUGGGCAACACAUCUGCCGUUAGUAAGAUAUCAUUUCUAUUGUUUACAUUUCAGACAUCUUUCAACAACACAGAAAAUAGAGAAGUAGUACGCAAUUCUCAGGUAGGUGAUUAUUUAGUAUUUAAGACAUUCAAGGAAGAAGAAUAAUGACGAAGAUUUAUAUUCGUCAUAUGGCGAUAUUACUCAGCGCAUGUGUUGUGAUCUCGAAAAACUGUGGCGGAAAGAAUCAGCUUGUAAAGCCCCCGAAUACGAGAAUAUCACUCCAAGAAAUCAAACAUCACGUAGUUUCAGUAGUAUGGUUACACCUAGGCAGUUGAUUGACUACUCAAUCCGUCAGGCACCAGGUCUCUCAAGACCAAGCAAUCAACAUUUAGAUCAUUUAAAAAUUAUUAAUGAUGUUCAAACUAAUUUCAAAAAUAGAAUUUGGUUUACUGCACGUCUCCUUGUGUUUAAUAUGGAUGAUAUAUCAAAUGACAAACAAUUUAGACAGACAAGCGAUAUGGAUUGGACUAACUCAUUAUCUUCAUUUGCUUUACGUAAAUUCAUUGGAAUAGCCUUUCCAAAUGAUUCUACGUGGGCAUUAUAUGAAGAUCAUAAAGUAGGAGUUAGUUCUAAACCAUUACCAUUUCUACGUCGAUCAUUGUAUCACUGUGUAUGGGGAGCAAGAAAUGGUCAGGUGUAUUUACCAGAAAUUGAUUUUUUUCCAGGAGCAAUAUUAUUUAUUCGUUAUUCAGAUAACCAUAAUCCACCUAAUCCGUUAAAACAGUUUUUGCAUCACACUGGAAAUAUUCUUCGCAUUCUUAUCACUGGAGUAGAUCGACUAAGUAAACGUAACGCAAUUGAAUCAGAAUUAUCACGACAGAUGGUGCCCAAAGAACAGUGGUUUUCUGUAAUGGCAAAACUUCAUGUCGCACGUUUAUUAAUCAGGCCGAGAUAUAUGAUGGAGUUGUUUAAAUUACAAUGUUUAUGGCGUCAAGAGUUACGAAAACGUAAUAGUCCAAUUGAAGCCUACUUAAAUUUACAUUUAUACUACCGAAACUCUAUAAAAAGUAACAAACAACUGAUGGGUGAUACUACAACUAACACUACUACUAAAAAUAACAAUGACCUCUCAAAAGAAGACGAAUUAAAUAUAAAGAAACAGUUAAUUCGUAAAAUAUUCGAGGAUGGCUUAAUAUGGUUUAGACUUCCAGGACUAGACAAGACAGAGAACUUAGAUUUAUUAUGGAAUGCGUUAGAGGCUCAUUCAGGUUUUAAUGGAAUUAUGCAUUUCACAGAUUACAUUUCACUCGUUUUUGGAGAAUUACCUGAAUUUCAUCGUACACUAGUUAAGAAAGUAUUUUUAAAAAUGGAUCCAAAUCGACUUGGUCAUAUUCAAUUACUGGAUAUUAGACGAUUUUUCAAUACUCCUAAAUGGGCUGUAAAUCAACUGGGUACUAAUAUAGCUCAUUCAUUACCGGAUGUUUUGAAAAUUUUCGAAAAAUUCGUUCAUGUUCAAAAACGCCUAGAGUAUACAGAAUUCGAAGUAUAUUAUCAAGCUGUUUCGACUACUUUAGGAGAAUGUCCUGUUGAUCAGUUAAGAUCAGAUGCAGCAUAUAUGGAUUUAUGUUCAUUGCUUCCAUCAAGUGAGUGCGCUCAAAAUUAUUUUCUAGGUGAAAACAUAAAUGAUUCCUGUGAUACAUUUAUAAAAUUAAUACAAGAUACAUGGUGCAUUUGAUUUUCUAUGCUAUGAUAAUGAUGAUCAUGAUAGACGUAUAGAAUAAUGCAGACAAACUUGCCUCCACAUUUUUAUAUUUAAAUAUGCAGCUGUCACUAAUUGUUCUAUAUAACGUUGUUUUCAUUUACAUAAUUUGUUUUUUAAUCUUUUUUAUAAAGUUAUGAUUUUGAUAUGUUCGUAAUAAAUUUGGGGUUUUUGUUC